AUGCCAGGCCUCACCUUGGAUGAGCUGCGAACACUUCUGCCUGGCAUUAUCGCAGCGGCUGCUAGCGAGCAGAACUUGGAAAACAAGAUGAUUGCGGCUUUCCGCGAGCCAGCCAUGGAAGACUUGAUGCUCGAUUACCUGGAGCGGUUGCGUCAGAUUGGUUUCUCCACAGUUGUAGGUGGGCAAAUGGUGCGUUUGGCUAGAAGUUGCUGGUCAGGUGGCAAGGCGUGUGGGCAAGCCUCCAUCAUGCUGCACUGGGAUGACGACAGUCCUAUCCGGCGAGCCAUGUCGGGCUAUGUGCAUGGCCGACGAGCCACACCUGUCAUCUCUGCUGAUGAGCCCGCAUCAUGUCCACAGACCUGCGUGCACGGCAUUUGUGAGCUGGGGACCUGCAAGUGCUGGAAGGGAGCAAGUGGUGCUGACUGCUCCCAGCUCGAGAGCGCAGAAUGCCAUCGGGGUCGGAAGCUUGGGUUGUCCCUUUCCGGCGUGAGCUACUGGACGAGGGAGUGGGCCUUUGUCGAUGUCUUCAAGAAUGUGGGUGAAUGGCAAGCCCAGGAGUUUACAUCCUACUCCUGGAAUACAGGCACCGACUUGUCAGUCAGAGAUGAUGGAUACCCUGCACGCCUGAACAUCAAUCAAGUUGCCCAGUUGUUGACAGUGCGUGACGUUGAGAGGCACUACACGGAUGGUUGGUACACAGUCAAGUUUGAUGGCGAGGGUAUCCUUGAGUUCAACAUGGAUGUGACGUCUGUUCAUCGCAUCGCACGAAACCACAUACAGAUUUAUGUGAACUUGACAACGUCGAUGAACAAUGGAAUUGGGAUACGAAUCUCAGAUACGCGUGAAGAUGACCCAGUGAGGAACAUUCGGAUCAUUACGCCUGGCUUCGAAGAGACGUACGGAACGUCUCCUUUUCACCCAGCAUUCCUGGCAAGCCUGGAAGGCUUUUCCGUCCUAAGAUUCAUGGACUGGAUGCAUGCCAACAGUGCGAACACAGCUUGGCAGUGGGCAGAACGGGUUACACCAAACUACUAUACGCAGGGCUCGCAUCCAGGGGUCAGUCUGGAGUACAUGGUUCGCUUGUCGAAUGAAGUUGGAGCUGAGCCUUGGUUUUCUCUUCCGGUGAACGCAUCAAACAACUACAUGCAGCAGUUCGUGACUUUCGUUGCCGAACACCUCCGGCCAGAUCUCGGCGUCUAUAUUGAGCUGGGCAAUGAGGCGUGGCACCCUGGUUUUUUCGGAGGCCAGUGGGCACAGCAACAAGGCGCAGCCGAGGGGCUGUCUCAGCUCUGUUGGUAUGCCAAGCGUUCUGGGGAGAUGGCCCGCAUUGCAAAAGCAGUGAUCAAUGGCACACGGGCCUUGACAGUUGUUGCGGGGAGUCAAUCUUCCAACUAUGAUGCCACUGCCCAAUUGCUGCAGUGUGAGGGCAUUAACGACACAGAUGCGAUUGGACUAGGUCCAUACUUCAACGGGUAUAACAUUCUCCCAGACCCGGACGCUGAUCUCAACCUCGUGCUGGAGUCUUACGAAGCUGAAGUCAACACCUCAUUGCAGCGAGUUCGUGAGCAUAGGGCAGUGCUUCAAGGCAGCCACUUCAAGCUGCUGGCAUAUGAAGCAGGCCCAGCUGGGGAAGGUGAUGGUAGUGCGGACGAUCUGGCGAUCCAGGCGCACCGGAACCCAAAGAUGAAGGAGAUCCUAUCUCAGUACCUGAACGAACUGGACAGAGAGUUUGACCUCAUGGUUUACUUUGCAAGUUGCGGUAAGCCGUCAAGGUAUGGCUCUUGGGGCAUGAUUGAAGCCAUGGAUCAGCCCAGGGACACAGCCGUGAAGUACCAAGCUGUGCAGGAUUUUUUGGUCAAUCGUACGGAGCCCGCUCCGUCAUCUUGUCAAUAUGAGAAGCCAAGCUGCCAGGGUGCUGAUGGCUGCUCAGGCAACGGGCUCUGCGGUGCAGACGACCAGUGUUACUGCUAUCGCGGCUAUUCCGGCACAAGCUGUUUGGAUGCUUCUUACACCGAUUACUCAUCUUGUGGCUACCGCUGUACCUUUGAUCAAGGAAUUUGUCAAGUGUCCGAGAUCAUUGGCAAUUCAAGAAGCUGGCACUGUAAUUGCCGUGAAGAAUACAGUGGCGGCAAAUGCUCCAGGUUUCAGUGUGCCAACGGAUGCAAUCAGAGAGGUCACUGCAUUGCCAGCGGCGUAUGCAGCUGCUUCCGUGGAUUUCGCGGCAGCGAGUGCGAGAUUGAUUGCGGAUGUGGGCAUCAUGGUCAAUGCGAUGCAAACAAUGAAUGCAUAUGUGACCAGGGCUGGCGCAAGUCGGCUACGGGCUGUGAGUGGGACUGUGCCGCCGCUGACACACUCGGCUGUAUCGGCCCAGGCCAGAGCGCCUGUGCAUCGUGUACUUAUGGGACCUGUGUUGAUGGCUCCUGCCGCUGCUGGGCCGGUGCCUAUGGCCCAUCGUGUGCAGCGCUCAACAGCUCACUCUUGGCCCAUAGAGGGGCGCCAUUCGGAAUCAACGUAGCCACAACGCCUUCAACUUUCGUUGACGUCAUGAAGACUGCCCGCGGGUGGACAAGCAUAUGGGACAGGGAUACCCAGCCUGGCCAAUUCUCGUAUCAGGGUGGCAGCCUGAUGUGGACAAGCCGCCAGUAUGAGUGGGGAAACGGCUUACAGAUCAACCAGAGCUCAGAAGGGUAUGUUACAUCUCUCCAGGAGGACCAGGCGGUCAUCACCCUGGCCCUGCGCGACGUCUGCCUGCAUGCGCCCAAGGGUCGCUACGUCAUCACUUAUGAUGGCGACGGCGAACUGGAUCUGGGGAUGGAUGCGACGCCGGCGGCUUUCCAAAAAGGCCGCAUUGAUGUGGAUUUUGAGCCCACCUGCCGCCGCGAGUGUUGGUUUGACAGAGCCGGGUGGUUGGCGUACUGCUCCGACAAUGGCAUAGCGAUUACCAUACGCCGCAUCAACCCAGAGAACCCAAUGCGCAACAUUCAAAUUAUCAUGCCAGGUUUCUUUGCGACGCAUGAGCAAGAGCCUUUCCACCCCUUUUUCUUGAAGAACUUGGAGAGAUUCUCUACAAUUCGUCUCAUGGAUUGGACGCACAUCAACUCCGAGUCCUUCAUCAAGCGUGCUCCAUUUACAGCCCGAUAUGUUCGCUUCACAUCAACGGCCACGCAUGGGGGAAGUCUGCCUAGGAUCUCGGAAUUGCUGCUGAAAGGACCUGCUGGGGAAUUACUGAGUUGUACAUCCACUUCCCCGGAGCUGUGCGAUGGUGAUCCGAACACUGACUGGGCUCCAGUUCCUGAUGCUGAGGGGCAGCUGAGAGGGGUUGUUGAGCUUCCGGAAGGUGCAGCCUUCAGCAGCUACAUGUGGAUGACAUCAGGUUGGAGCAGGCGUGUGGAUCCGGUGAUGUGGUUGUUGGAGACAUCGGACGAUGGUCUUACGUGGACCGUGGCGGAUGCUAGAAAUACGGUGCAACCUGUGACAUAUUACCGGCGGCGCGUUGCAGCGUAUGGCAGCCCCGAGGAGGACUCCUGGUAUCCGCUCCGGCGGCAAGGUGAUCUUUGGCAAUGGGCCGACCGUGUCUUGCCAAGUCAUCGUUCACAAGUGACAGGUCCAGUUGCCUUAGAAUAUCAGGCACUGUUGGUCAACACCUUGGGAGCAGCACCUUGGGUGACUGUGCACCACCUUGCAUCAGAUGACUACGUCCGCCAAGAAGCCACUUUCUGGCUUGAGAAUCUCCGCCCAGAUGUCCAGAUCUACGUGGAGCACAGCAAUGAAGUCUGGAAUCCAUUGUUUCCUCAAGGUCGGUAUGCUACGGAAAAGGGAACGCAGCUCGGGCUGGUGAACUCAACUUGCAGAACGCCAGACACUCACUGCGCCCGUGUUCGUUACAAUGCAUACCGCUCGAAGCAAAUCUUUGACAUUUGGGCUGAUGUGUGGGCUCAGCAGAGGAGCCGUGUGAAGUUUGUCCUGUCUACGCAGGCAGUUUGGAUAGACGUGACGCGAGAUCUCUUCUCGCAGAACAACGCCGCCGGGGCAGACUUGCUUGGCAUCACCGGAUACAUGAGUCCAACAGGUGGCAUUGACCAGUCCUACUCGGCACGUACGCCUCCUGAAGUCAUUGACCUUUUCAAACAGGGAAAGGAGAGCGCGCGCUCGUAUGUCGGAGGGCAGAAGGCGCUCGCUGAAGAGUUCGGCUUAGGACUUACCUUCUACGAAGGCGGCGUCGGACUCGUAGAAGAUGGCACGAUCGAGACGGGCCAGGCGAUUGGCUCCAUAACUGAGUUGCUAAUGGCCACUGGCCGCUCGCCGGACUUUCAAGCAGCCGUGGAAGAUUGGUUGGACAUGUUCCGGGAGGAAGCAGGAGAUUCGCUGUUCAUGUACUUUGUUGACACUGGAUUCUGGUCAAAAUAUGGGCAGUGGGGCAGCCGGGAGUAUUAUGAUGCAGCCACAGCUACCUCGCCGGCAGCAGCAGCUGUGCACGCCUUCUUGGACAGACUUGCCGGGAGCCGGCCAGCAUGUGUCGUGGCCAACUCUGCCGGCAGAGGUCUUCCGCCUGACAGCUUCUUGGGCCCUCCUGCGGUCUGGCAACCCCAGCAAGGAGCUGUGCUGGUGAAGGGCAAGCGCUACAAGGUUGUCUGGGGUGGCGCAGAGCGGCUGCCCGCUGGACUCACAUUGGACUUCUACCUCUGGCAGCACAGCUCCUGCCCAGAGGAUCGGACGAAGGAUUCUGUUCACUUAGGCACACAGGAUGCGUCGCAAGGUGUUUUCUCUUGGCAAGUUCCAACGACGCUGGAGGCAGGCGACGGGUAUUUUGUCGAACUGCGCCCGCGAGCUUCAGCAAUGCCCAGCAAUUUUAGCGCUGCCUUCUCUGUGUUGACUGAGGCUGAUGCGCCGUCGACCUACCUGCUGUAUGUCGAGAAUGACGUGGAUUUGUUGUCUGCUUUUCAUCGGGACUGCAAGAAGGGCGAUUGGGCCAUCUCGCCUUCUUUCAGAAUUGGAUCAUGUGUAUUCAGCUCUGCAGAAGGAUGUCGGCAAUACCGAACAGCAAGGCAGCAUGAUGGGCCGCCACCCUAUUUGCAUGGAUCCUUCCUUCCGGUCAAGGAUUGCACUCUACAUGUAGUCGGUCUGAGACAAACAAUGCGCUUGGAGGGCCUGACCCGCGGCUUCGAUCUAGGCUCCGAGGAUUCUCUGGCGCGAGCAGUCGCGAAUGCAUCGCUCCUUCCUCCGGGAGCGAUUUCCAUCUCAUUGGUGGGUGGAACAGCAGCCAGGCGUCUUGCAGAGACAACAGGUGCAGUGACGCUCGAAGUGGCCAUGUCUUCGGAUGACGCCGGUGUGGGUGCGGCAGCAAUCGGAUUGUCAAGCCUGGGCAGCAACUCGCCCUUCUUGCUCGAAGUAGCAAACGCGCUCGGUGAAGACAGCAUUUCUGUGGGUGUUGUCGGCAACCUGUCAGCCGUGGAUGGUUCUUCUGAAGAACUUGCGGCGCAGUUUAUCAUCACAACAUCUCUAAGCACAUCGAGCGCAGAUGUUGAUGCCAGCACAUCAAGCACUAGCUCCACUGCUGCUGGCGAGACGACAGGAGCAAACAUCUCAACGCCGGAAGAUAAUCAGACUGGUGGAUGGCAUGGGACCACGACUUCGUUUUCAACCAGCUCAGCAGCGUCUUCGACCAGCUUGGAAUCAGGGACUUCCAACAUUGCCUGCGCAUCAUUGCUUGCAAGGAUGCCUGUCGCUUUAAUUUGUAUUUCGCUUGCAGGCCAAUUGUGA